UCACCGUUAUUUCAACCUCACUAUUGAAGCUCCAUUACAAUCAAUACAUUUAACAAUCAGAAACAGUUGCACUUCAAAGUCAUUUAAGGUCUACAAGUUUUCUGGGUUUUUUUCUGUGUGUGAGUGUGGUGGGGGCUCGUGCUCAGACUAACUUCAACCCCCUUUGUGAAUGGAUGAUUAUAACAAUCUGCAGCUUAAGUUCAGGGCCAGCAGCCGCGUUAAGUCCUUCACAGUGAGCGCAAGACGAGGGCGAGAGAGUCGGCAUGGCCCAGAAAAAUAACUUUCAGUUCUCCAUCAGGGAAUACAGACCCUCGGAUCAACGUGCCGUCAUGUCGCUCUUCUCCGAUGGCGUACGCGAGCAGGUGUACCCGGCGUUCUUCAGGGCCAUGAGCCACCCGGACCACGUCGGCAUCGCUCUGAGCAUCUCCGUGGCCGGCUACGUCCUCGGCGGCAGCUCCUGCCUCCAAGCCGUCCUCUUUGGCAGCGCGUGGGCCGCCCUCACCUACUACUGCUGCCAGGAGAUCUACGACGGCUACGCCAAGCGGAGGCUGAGCGCCGACAUGGCCGACAUCGCGGCCAACUACCUGGAGAGGCCGGACAGCGGCUUCUGGGUGGCGGAGGCAGACGUCGGCGGGCAGCCCAGGGUGGUGGGGAUGAUGGCGGUGAGCGGCAGGGGGCCAGGGGAGGGAGGGGAGGGGUCCCGCGACCCGAGCGGAGGAGGAGCGGCGGCGGCGGCGGGAGGCGGGGAGGCGGUCGAGGGCGCUGCCGACGGGAGCCACGGCGAGAUGUCCCACGUGGUCGUGGCGUUCCCGUGGCGGCGCAGGAGCCUGGGCUCGCAGCUGACCAAGAGGGCCCUCGACUUCUGCCAGGAGCGGGGACACGCCCGCCUCGUCCUGGACGUCAGCUCGCCACAGAGGGAAGCCGUUGCCCUGUGCCGAAAAUUGGGUUUCGCUCAAACUGCGUCCCACAGCGACACGCACGCCAACCGAUGGUUCUCCAGACUGGCGAGGAUAAGUGUGAUGCAGAUGGAGAAGGUCAUUUGAUGAACUUUCGACCUCUGCACCACCAAACGGCCACCUCCGCUCUGUACAUUGAGAAAACAUCAGUUAAUUUAUGCGUCUUAUCUAAUUUAGCCCAAAAUCUUUUUUUGUGAUACAUUACCAUUACCAUUGUAGUUUGAAAAAAAAAAAAGUACAUUAAAUGUAAUGUUUUUUAACAAAGCAGCAUUAAUCCCCUCAGUUUCAUUGUGUUUCUUCUUGCUUGAUGUAUUGU